AUGGAUUUACAAGCUACUGGGGAUGAAAGAAUGCUGAAAUUGAAUGAACUUGAUGAGUUUCGUCACGAAGCUUAUGAAAAUGCUCGUAUUUACAAAGAAAAUACCAAGAUGUGGCACGACAAGCAUAUAAUGAAGAAAAACUUUGAAGUGGGUCAACAAGUACUGCUUUACAAUUCUAGACUUAGACUCUUUCCCGGAAAACUUAAGUGUAGAUGGUUCGGACCCUUCAUAGUUACCCAAGUCUACCCAUAUGGAGCUGUUGAGAUCUCACAUGAGGAAAAUGGUACAUUUAAGGUGAAUGGGCAGCGAUUGAAGUCAUAUAUAGAUGGAGCUUUGAGUUGCGAGUCACUGCCUAUCAAACUCGACAUUCUGGAAUGA